AUGACUAGCACGCUGCAUCAGCUCGUGACGGCCGUCCAAGGGCUCCACAUGCACCAGUACCACCAGUACAUGGCAGGCGCGUACGGCCUCCCGCCAGCUGCGCCGAUCGCCACCUACGGCCACCCUGCGCCGUGGCCAUUUCGGGCGCACCCGCAGGCGGCGGGCCCCGUUGUUGCCGUUCCAGACGGGGAACUCCAGCGGGCCACCACCAGUCGCCGCGGGCCUGUUGCAUCUGCCGGCGCCACCAUCGGCGGCGCCCCUCUGGCACCUGCAGCCGUUGCCGUCCCCUGCAGCCGCUGCCCCGUCCAGCCCCCGCUGCUGCCGCUGCACCCACCAGCGCCGCCCGCUGAUGCCGUUGCACCCACCGGCGCCGCCCCUGCCCAACUCGAGGGUACCCUCGCCGACUGGCCUCCCGAUCCAUCAGGUCCGGUUUCCGCCCUCCCCGUCGCCACUUCCAGCGUGGGCGGCUGGGUCUUCGCCAUCGCCGGUCUACACCAUGGCCCCCAAAUAGCCGACUCCGUUCCGCAGUUCGGUGGGCCAUCCGGUUCCACCGGUCCCUACCCGGAGUACCCUGACCAGGCACCACCUUCCGCCCUGCUCCGCUCCUCCGAGCCAGUUCGACAUGACGCUCCGGCACAGACACCGCCGCGGUUCAGCAAGAUCGACUUCGCCACCUAUGACGGCACAGAGGACCCCUCAACUGGCUCAACGAGUGCGACCAGUUCUUUCACGGGCAGUGCACCCUCGCAUCGGAGCGUACCUGGCUCGCCUCGUACAACCUCCGCGGCACGGUGA